AAAAUACGGAAUUUGUAUGAUAAAUUUCUAACCUCCACAUUUUGUUUACUAAUUGUUUUUUAAUGCCUUGAUACAAUAAAUUACAUAAUGUUUCAAGCAGUUUUAAAGCGCUGUUUACUUCCGUCUAAUUUGAAAGUGUUAAGUGUAGCCCGCCCAGCGACUAUAAGAAGAAUUCAUGAAACUCCAGCUUUAAAACACGGCGAAUACGAAUGGCAGGAUCCUAAGUCAGAAGAAGAGGUUGUAAAUAUUGUCUACGUAACAAAGGACGGUAAAAAACACCCAGUAAGAGGCAAGGUUGGAGACAACGUGUUGUAUUUGGCGCACAGAUAUGGCAUCGAAAUGGAAGGAGCAUGCGAGGCAUCCCUAGCAUGUACAACCUGCCAUGUAUACGUCCAUGAGAAGUAUCUCGACCAGCUACCACCUUCGGAAGAGAAGGAGGACGAUUUAUUAGACAUGGCGCCAUUUUUAAAAGAGAAUUCUAGAUUAGGUUGUCAAAUAACACUAACCAAAGACCUAGAAGGCAUGGAACUACAGUUACCGAAUGCAACAAGAAACUUCUAUGUGGAUGGACAUAAGCCUACACCUCACUGAGUCGAAUUUCCAAUGUGCGUAAUGGCUGAACUCGAUAGUCAGUCUAAGCUAACUCUGCACCAUUUGGCAACUGUCAAAGGUUUACAUAGAUGGCGCUAUCUGAGUGCCUUUUUAGUUUUGCUCUAUGAGAAUUCAGGUCAUAAAAACAAGUAUGAGUUAUGUCGAACCAGUAAAUCUCCAUUGAUGGUCAGAAAAAAAUAUUUUGAAUUAGAAUUGACAUCUAUUUUAGGCAGCGUCCACACUCAUGAGACGCAUGUCUUGCGGCGCGCAACGGACGUCUCCGAAAAUGUACUGAGGAGACUUUUUUAGGGUUCCGUAGUCAACUAGGAACCCUUAUAG